AUGUGCGCCUGUGCCAAGUUCAUCUCUACCCCUGCCCUUGUGAGGAGCAGCUCUCAGAUGCUGAGUAGACCAUUAUCUGCAGUGAACCUCAGCAUUUUGGCAGCAUCAGGUCCCUUGAUCUCACUUGUCCCCAGAUGUGGAUUCCAAACUAGUGCCAUCUCAAGGCACAUUGACACAGCAGCCAAGGUCAUUUGGGGUGGGGCUGCCACUGUGGGAGUGGCUGGCUCUGAAUCUGGGAUUGGGACUGUGUUUAGAAGUCUUAUCAUUGAUUAUGCCAGGAGCCCUUCCUUGAAGCAACAGCUCUUUUCCUAUGCCAUCCUGGGCUUUGCCAUGUCUGAGGCCACGGGGCUCUUUUGCCUUAUCGUGGCCUUCCUCAGCCUCUUCACCAUGAGAUGGAGCCAUUUCUAUUCCCCAAUGUUUCUGAAUGUUCCUCCUUGUCCUCCUGGUCCUUCUAUAUCUCUUCCAGCCUGCAUUCAAUAUCAAGAGGCCCUGGAUGAAAACCUGCGCUUGGCUCAAGAGUAUCAGCGAGCUGUGAUGGAGUUCUUAGGCGUAAAGGACUGGUAUUUGGAUGAAUACAAUAAAAUGAUAGCAAUCGAAGCUUCCAUUAAGGAUAAGAAACAGUUAUGGAGGUCAUUAAGUGCAGCCUGCCCUUGUCAGUGUCAUGUUGGAUCAAUUUGCAGCAAUGGCCAGAGAGGCCUUAUUGAUGCCAUUAAAUCUGUCAGUGAGGAAUCAUACGUCAUUAGUUUCUAA